AUGCCUCGCAGACUAAAAGUGCCCCUCGGGCCCUCGCGCCUCUCGAAGGUCCUCGACAUCCUCAAGAAGGAGCCACGCCCACAGCUCGACACCGUAAAGAGCCUGAGGCUCACGCUGGCGUUUCGGAAUGACCACUUUGGGGCGAGGCAUUUUGUGAAGGAGGACCUGCGUAGAAUACGCUUCGUGAACCCCAACAUGGACAUCCAGGUCAACAAGGUCCCAAAGACCCCCGAAGAGCAAUGGCCACCGGAACUGCAGGUCGAGUUCCACAAUGGGACCACUCAAACGAUCAAUAUGGACAAGAAGUGGUCCUCUUCCAUAUUCCAGGAGCUUAUGGAUUUGGCGGGUGGUACUCCCUGGCAGCGGUGGAAGAAGAAAAGGACAGCAGCUGGUCUACCCAUUGUCGACCCUCCGACGCCGAAGGCUCCAAAGCCACCAAAGAGUAUCGAGGACAUCCUCUUUGAUCCUAACAGGCCGAAGACCGGCGCAGCUGCCAUCCUUCCAUAG